UUAAAUCCAACCUUACGGCUAUUUGUCUGGAGUGGUAGAUUUCCUUCCCAAAGAGCAUUAGUGAACCAGAAGGGUUUCAACAAGAAUCAAUGGUUGUUGUCAUGGAAUACUGAGACUAGCUUUACAUUUCACAUAUAUGAAUUCACUUUAAAUUCCGGCAGAUGCUGUGGUGGGAUUUGAACCAAUCUCCCCAGGAUUUUAGCCUAGAUGUCUGGAUUAUCGGUGGCUGUCAAAACACAAGUCAAAUUUGCUGACCCUGACUGUAGGUUGGUGGAUGAGAAGAGGAUUGGAUUGAUCUUGUGAUAACUACCAUGCUGAGAUCACAUUGAGUAGGAAUCAUUGGUCUGGGCUAGUGGUGGAGAAGACAUUUGGACAAGGAUUGUUGCAAACACUCUUGGAUUGUGUUGGUGUCUUCAGGAAUUAACAAUAACCUCUCAGAAUAAUGCUGUAAUAAUCCAGGGAGGUAGGAAUGAGGAAAAGAGACUUUUUUAGAAGUUAGAACACAGUGCACACAUUGGCUGCUGAUCCAAAUACAACACUUUAUUGUCCUCAUGAACCCCCUCUGUUUCCUCUUCCAAAAAAACUCCAGCGAGCCAUUUAAACAUGAUUUUCUCUUAAGAAAGCGUGCUGGCUCAUGUCGAUUGAUCCACGUUUGUCAGGGGAUUUUAUUGUCCCUGUAGCCAACUGUGAUGUGAAGGAAUACAAUGCAAAUCCAAAGCAAAACAUCCCACUUAGGGACUACCUCAAUUACUGGAGAGAACACAGGGAGAGUGGCUAUUCAUCUCCACAGGGCUGCUUGUACAUGAAAGACUGGCACAUGCACAGGGUUUUUCCUGAUCAUGGCGUGUACAGUACUCCCCUCUUCUUCCAGUCUGACUGGCUGAAUGAAUACUGGGACUCUAUUCAAUUGGACGAUUAUCGUUUUGUUUACAUGGGCCCCAAAGGAUCAUGGACACCAUUUCAUGCUGAUGUAAUCCGAUCAUACAGUUGGUCAGCCAACAUCUGUGGGCGGAAGAAGUGGCUGCUGUUCCCACCUGGUGAAGAGGAACAUUUGAAGGACCGCAGUGGUAACCUUGCUUAUGAUGUCCAGUCUACAGUUCUGCAGGACAAGGAUCAUUAUCCAAAAUACAGCCAGUGCAGUCAACCCAUUGAAGUGGUGCAGAAUGUUGGCGAGGUCAUCUUUGUUCCAAGCGGAUGGUACCAUCAAGUUUACAAUCUGGAGGACACCAUCUCCAUCAAUCACAACUGGCUGAAUGGCUGCAGCAUAGACAUCAUGUGGCAAUUCCUCCAGCAGGAGCUGAAGGCAGUCCAGGAAGAGAUCAGAGAGUGGGAGAACCAUAUGGAGGGUUGGAAUCAACAUUGUCAGUUGCUGUUGAAAUCGUGCACUGGAAUCAACUACCAUGAAUUCUACAGCUUUCUGAAAAUAAUAGCGAGAAAUAGAAUAGCAGUAUUAGAGGCUACGUCAGGAGAUUCAGCAGCCAUCCACAGUACAUUUCCUGCAGAACUAUCCACUCUCGGACUGUGUCACUCAGUGUUCGAUUUACACCGGACUGAAGAUGUACUGACUUCAAUGCUUACAAAUGAGAACUUCGGUAUGCUAGACUCAGACUUGUUGGAUCCUCGCCCAGAGGAUCUGCUGGAUGAGAUUAAAGAAAUAAAGGAUGCUGUCUUGUCAUAAUAUUCUACUUGAAUUCCUUAUAAACCAAGCCACAUGGAACUCUUUAUCUUUUGUUAAGGGAUUCCAAAGUGCAUUCUGGAAUUAGAAAGGAAAAGAAUUAAGCAACCGGGGUCACUUUUGCUGCU